AUGGAGGAUAAUACUAUAGAGGAUAUAGAAAAUGAGAAGCCAAGUGAUGGAAAUGAUGAACAGCAAAAUGAGGAAAUAAAUGAAAGUGAAGAAAAAGAAGAAGAUAAGAAUAUUAAGACGAAAUCACAAAAGCAGAAAAUUAUAUCGAGAGCUUCAACUCAUGCUGAAUAUUAUGCCUUAGCUGAUUGUGUUGAAGAAGUUUUACCUAUAAAAGGAGUGUUAAGUGAUAUUGGUGUUAUAAUUAGUUCAAUUAAAAUUUAUAAAGACAAUUCUGGUGCCAUAGCCUUAUCAAAAAAUUCGACGUUGGUGCAAUUGACGAAGAUGACGAUGGCUACUACUGAAAAGGAUCCAUUGGUCAGUGAAAGAUCAGGCAAAGUUCGCGAAGUGGGCAAUCAUGCUAUAUGGAGUUUAUCUUCGUGUAAACCAGGUUUUGGUAUCGAUCAGUUAAGAGAUGAUUGUAUGGAUACAUAUUGGCAAUCCGACGGUCAGCUUCCGCACUUAGUAAAUAUUCAAUUUCAAAGAAAAACAAUGGUUUCUCAUAUCUACAUAUAUACUGAUUAUAAACUAGACGAAAGUUAUACACCCAGCCGAAUAUCAAUAAGAGCAGGAACUCAUUUUAAUGAUUUGCAAGAAAUUGAAGUUAUUGAAUUGAUUGAGCCCAGUGGAUGGGAAAUGAUACCAAUCAAAGACAUUCAUGACAGACCUAUAAGGACCUACAUGAUACAAAUAGCUGUCUUGAGCAAUCAUCAAAAUGGAAGGGAUACACAUAUGCGCCAAAUUAAAAUACACUCGCCGUGUGAGCCAACAUCAUUUGAUAUUAAUAAAUUCCGGAAUUUCUCUACUGUACAGUUCCAACAAUAUGCUACAAUACGUUAA